CCGCAAUGCACAAUCAGAAUUCAGUGGCAACCAUCCUAUUGUGAACGCCGAGGAUACUUACAUGUCUGCAAACGGAGAACCGCGGGACUCUGGAGUACAUGUAAUAGUUCUGCCAGUCGACUGCCAAUGGCGAGUCGAAGCCUAGGACGAUGUACUGUAAAUUCAAGGUCAGGUGAUCCCAGCAGUUCUCCCGCUCGUCUGAUGCAAAGUUCGGCAAGUCUAAAACGCGUAACGAAUUUCAAAAUUUUCCAUCAUGCCGAGAUCUCGCAUACUUAUACGCUGGCCAUGAUACACGCCUUGCGUUUCCCGUCCUUUCCGAUGCAAGGCUGAACUAUGGAUCUUCGUCCGAGCCUAUAAUCCUACCUUCCUUCCUUUCCUUUCGCACGCAUCGUACCUUUUACGUGCUCCGGCCUGGAUCAUCCCGCCCCUAGUCUAUCCUUCGACGUUCGCACCGCGACCUGCACUGGAACCGCACACAUCGCAUUCGCGCUCCUCAUUUUCGAUCCUAUGAUGAUCGUCCGCCAUUCCUUGACGCGCAGGGACGCCGUUCUCGUCCUUUUGGGGGCGUCCUGCAUGCAUAUAUUCACAUUCCUUUUCCGCUCCCAGCUCGCGCCGCCAGAGAUCUUGAUCGACACGGGUGUGGUCCGCGACCAUCUCCUCGACGUGCCGCCCGUGGGGGUCCACGUAACCCAUAUCAGAACAAAGACCAUCGUGCACGCUACGACCGUUAUUGCCACCGCCCACUCACAACCCACUGCAGAUACACACGUCGCAGAGGCUGAGGUGGUGGACGUCGCGCGGGAUAUCCCAGAGACGACGAUCGUGGCCCAUGCGCCUGGAUGGACAUUGUUCGAAAACUUGUACAUGUACAACGAUACCCUGGUUUUUGUUUCUGAUACCCCCUCCGACUUCCCCGAUAUGCGACUCAUGACAAGUACGCCAAUGACGGCGGAGAAUAACCCUGAAAAUAUCGCAGCACGGGAGCCAACGCGAUACAGCAUGACCUCGCUGACGCCUACCGAGGCAAGGCGGCGAUGGGGAGCAGGUCCCAGCGAGGGAGGAGAGAACAGGAUAUUCUCCGUGACAGGAAAUACAAUUCUUGUGAAUGAGCCGAGCCAGUUUUUAAGGCAUUACUAUCAUCUCGUAGCCGAACUGCUAUUCGGCGUGCAGGCUUUCUGGCAUGGUGCCUUAUCGGGUGCUUUGGAUUCGGACCCCGCUUCGGCUACACAUCGGGCGCCACCCCCACCCAUAGAUCGGAUCAUCUUUGCUCGAUCCGACGCAGAUGGCUGGCGAGACGAUCCCGGCUUCAAUGCCUAUGUCGUGCGCGCUGCUUUUCCGGACGUAACGAUCGAGGAGGAAGAGGACUGGAUCGACCGCGUCAUCGUCACCUCAGACGGGGACCGAGCCUGGCAUUUCCGCGGGUUCUGCUCACGGACAGAAGUGCCUCGUUCCGCGGUGCGAUCUGUGGGUUGAAAAACCAGCGCAUAGCAGCGGAGGCGUUCGAAGAGAUGCGUUCGAAAGACAAGCUAGUGGGAAUCAAUGCAGGAGCCUGGUGGGAGCCUGUUCGAUCGGCUGUGCUGCGUUUUGCGGGUGCCCGGUUAUCCCUUCCUCCUCCCUGCCGCUUCCUUCCCCCGAAUCGAUAUCGAGUGACAAUUCCGCGAGCACAUCGACCCUCCCCAUGCCUGAGAAGAUCGUUGUGACCUACAUCAGCCGCCAAGGUGCAAAGAAUCGCAAGCUGACGCCUGAGAGUCACAAUGAACUGGUCGAGAGCUUGUCAGAGCUUGUCCGGCGCAAAGGCGACGGAUGGGAGCUGAAUAUUGUCGUGGCUGAACUGUUGACGAAGGACGAGCAGAUCAGGAUAGCUGCUCGCACAACGAUUCUUCUAGGCGUCCACGGCAACGGACUAACGCAUCUUGUGAUGAUGCAGCCCACUCGCUUGUCUGCUGUGAUCGAGAUCUUCUACCCCGGCGGUUUCGCCCAUGAUUACCAAUGGACCACGACUGCUCUGGGCAUGAAACACUUUGCGUUUUGGGACAAGUCAUACCGCACAGAAGGGGCUGGCGAGGGAACCCCGAGUGUGAAAUACCCCGAUGGCUUCCAGGGCGAUGAGAUCCCUGUGCACGGGCCCAGUGUCGUGCGCCUGAUUGAAGAUCGGGUGGCUGGUCGCGUCUAGUAGAUGUAUAUUGUAUGUGUGUAUUGCUCUUAUUGCGCUGCCCCUGUGUGCAGAUUAAUCCCGCG